AUAAUCUUUCUCAUUAAACCUUUUAACAAACUGAGUUUUAAGAGUUUUUUGUUCAAUGGGGAUCCCUGAAUCUCCUAGUCCACCUCACUUAUAUCCUCAAGCACUUCAACUUAAACUUUAUCAAGCUUUCAUCUUCUCCAUACCAAUACUUUUUUCUAUAAUCUUGUUUCUUUUGUUUUACUUGUUUUAUCUCAAAAGAAGGGCUUCUAUUGGUUCUAUUUCCCCUGCAACAGUUACAAGGAGUUCAACUCAUGCUAUUAUUCAUGGUGAGGUAGAUAUAAAGGGGAUGCUCAAGAACAAGCUUCCUGUAAUAUUAUUUGAUGAAGAUUCAAUGAUGAGAGAUUCCCAGUGUUGUGUUUGCUUGGGAGAAUUUGAGAUCAAAGAAGAGUUACAUCAGUUACCUUCUUGUAAACACAUUUUCCAUGUUGAAUGCAUACGCCAUUGGCUUCGUUCGAAUUUCUCGUGUCCUCUCUGUAGAUGCCAUGUUAUUAUUUCAAGACAAAAUCCGCAACCUCCACAGCAGCCAGCUUCUAAUCUUGAACAUAACAAUCAAGUCAGAUUAGAUAUUGAAGAGGAAAGUGUACAACGCGAUAGAACGAUUAACACAGCCAAUAUUAGCAGAGAAGAGCAGCAUGUGGUGAUAAUUGAAGAAUUGUCUAGUGCUAGUUCAUCCUCUGGCACUGCUGAAAAUAGUGAAAGAGAUCAUGAUUCAAAUGUAGAAACUCUUGUUAUCAGUAUUAAGGCCUAAUUGUUUUGCUGCAUUUCUGGAAUUGUAUAUUUAGAAUUGGGAGUUCAGGAAUGAUAGAUUAGCAGAGAAGUUUAGGGGAUACCAUUUUAUACACAUCAGAAUCUGAUUAUUAGAUGGAACUUUGCAAAAUCAUGCUUUUAUUUACUUCUCAGUAAAAAGAAGGAAAAAAAAGCACACAAAAGUGUUACAUAUAUUAUACAGUAUAAGAUAUGGCAUUAUUGUAUGGGUCAAAAUCCGCUCCAGAAUAUUUGAAAUAAAAUAAUACUAAGGAAAGGAUUUUCGAGCCGUCGUUGGUCGAGGUGGAUCAGGAAGCAGUGAAGCCCAUAGCCGAAGAGUCAACAUGAGUCGAGGUCGAGGUCGAGGUGCCAAUCAUGGUCGAGCUCGAGCACCAUCAAUGAAGUUGUAACGGCUAGUUUUUCAAAAUAGCUUAUUAAAGGGAAUAUUCCGUGAAUAUUCUUUGUAUAUGUACUAUUAGGGUUUUAGUAGGAAUGUGUCUCAUAUGAAUAGAAGAAAGAGUGAGAGUAGAGGCACGUGAGAUUCAAUCGUAAGAACAACACUUUGAAAAAAGAUUCAUUCUUCACUCA